AUGGCAGACAAAAAUGGUCCGAAAGCCCAUGACUAUAUAACCGAAACCACCGUGUUUAUAGAGCCAAUUUAUUUCCUCCUCCGUACGUUAGAGAGGGAACCGUUCUUUAUCUGGCCGAACCCUCCCAAGUUGAACACAGAAGAAGGUAAUAAUAAUAGUCGGAAGAGAUGCUCGUACCACAACGAGCUUGGGCAUUACACCACGGCUUGCACUCCGUAUAAAGCACUUUUGGAAAAUCUAGCGGCACAGGGACUUCUCGAUGACCAUAUUGACUGGACCAAAACGCCGAGGAGACAGCCGAACGUCGGUGCUCAAAAUCCCAUUCCUCAUCCAGUCGGAGUAAUCAACGUUAUUCACGGACCAACUACAAAGGAGGCAGCAAAACAGCUUUGUUUAGAGCUUGACAAAGCUCAGAAACUUACCCAAAUUUUUUCUAUCGAUCGUGCUUCUAAACGGAUAAAGACGCUUGAGCAUUUCUGGUCAAUCACUUUCACCAAGCAAGAUCUUCAACGAAUCCAAACACCCUAUAAUGACGCUCUGGUGGUCAUGGUGCAAAUUUCAACUCACUCUGUCAAAAGGGUGCUUGUAGAUCAAGGAAGCUCGGCGGAAGUACUGUACUUAUCCCUCUUCAAGGAGCUCAAAAUCCCAGAGUCAUGCCUUCUCCCAGCAGAAGUUCCCCUAAUUGGAUUCAGUGGAACUCCCGUUUGGCCUCUCGGUAGGAUCACCCUCCCCGUCGUUACAGGCUCGGUUGCUUCUAAUCUGGAGUUCAUUGUUGUGGAUGCCCUAAGUCCGUACAACGCAAUCCUCGACCGAAAUUGGCUCCAUUCAAUAAAAUUCGGCACCUCAACCUACCACCAGGUGGUUAGGUACAUCGGCGCUCACGGCAGACAAGAAGAUCUAUUGGGAGAUCAAUUAGAGGCCAGACAAUGCUAUGUAUCAGCCGUCGGAAAGACACCGAGCUCUAAAUGA